AUGGCAACCUACAGCACCUCUCACCGACCUAUCAAGGGGAUCCUGAAAAAUAAAGGUUCAACACCCUCCUCAGUGGGGGCUUCUGCCCAGCAUUCCGGAGGAAGCACCCAAGUGAUCAAGAGAAAGAAGUCUCAGAGAUGGGAUGAAUCCAACAUCCUAGCGACCCACCGCGCAUCAUACAGAGACUAUGAUUUGGUGAAGUCAAAUGAACCAGGCACUCCUUAUGUCGGCAUACAAGAUACUGGGGAAGAUACUGCGAGAGACGUCGAAGCCAAAGAAGUUAUGACUCCGGAUAUGUUAGCUAAGAAAUUAGCUGCCAGUGAUACUUUCGGAACCAAGGGUUCAAUGGAAGAUGAAGAGUACGGCGGGGCGCAUACCAGCCAGUUCCUUCUCAAUAAACAAGAAAAGCAGCGGCAGUUUGAGAUGAAGAGAAAACUUCACUACACUGAAGGGCUGAACAUCAAGCUUGCUAGACAGUUGCUCUCUGAAGACCUAAAGGAUGAAGUAGAUGAAGAUGGAAACCAAGAACGUCUAACUAAAGAAAACACCACUACUGAAGUUCCUGCAGGUGGAGAGGACAUGAAGACCUAG